AGCAGCAGCAGCAUCACCACCACCACCACCACCACCACCAGCACCGCACCAGCAACGAAAGCAAUAGCUCACCCUCGUUGCCGUAACGACGAGGGAGCAAGAAAGAGAGAGAUACAUAGAGAGAGAGACUGAGAGAGAGAAAGAGAGAGAGAGAGAGCUUUUGGACGUGUAGUGCGCGCGCGUUCACGGAAGCCGGAACGAACUGCGGGAACGGACUGCUCCGGGAAGUGGUGUGGCUGUACGUCAGGUCGGCUCGCCUCGCAGCCUCGACCGUGUCCCUUAAAUCGCGAUCGCAGCGCGAUCGUUCUUCCUGUUAUCGUGUUAUCGUCGCAGCGCGCGCGCGCGCGUUCUCUCGCGCGAUCACAGACGACGAGAAGGAGGGGGCGAGCCUCUCUCUCUCCGAUGAUACGCACGUGCGCUCGCCGCUACUCGCUACAUUCACGUAGGUGCGUGCGUGCGCGCGAGUCAUCGUCGCGAGUUGUCGUACGCGCGAGCGCGCGUCCACGCUCGACGCGUGUUCAGUGAAUAAAUACAUCUUUUGUUGGUUCGCCGCGUCGCGUUGUUUUUCACGCGCGCGCUCUACAACGUACAAGAGUGAGUGACGCCGGUUUCUCGUCGGCGCGUUCUCGGAGUUUGGUUUCUCGUCGCCGCUGCGACCGCGUUAACACGCGACAUUGUAGCGCGUGAGAGUGCAGUUCGGAGCGCGGAGGGCCGUCGCGAGGGACUUAGCCGCGCGCGUAGCCAUGGAUAUCCUGCCGAGCGGUAAUAUAUUUCGGGAGCUGCAGGACAUACACGACACCGGAUACUUCUCAGCUCAGCCGUCGCUCGAGGAUCAUUGGCAACAGACAUGCUACGAGAUGGAGAGGUACCUGAAGGACGAGCCGAAGCUGCAGUCGUACAAAAAACUCCCCACGGAACUGGACACAACGCCCUGGAACCUCUUCAGGGCGCCGCCGAUUUCGUGGACGGCUUCCACCGGCACGAGCGCACAAUUCGAUGCCCCAAUCAAAAUGGAGGUGACGACGUCGUCGGACGAAAGAGACCCCCUCUGUCUGGACGACAUCAAGUUUAGCCCCGGCGAUCAUAAUGAUAAUGGCCGCGACAGGGAUCUCCUGGACCGUCACCUCGAUUCCUUGUCGAUGUCAUCGUCGAGUUCGGCGUGUUCCGCGCUGUCUUGGGACAGCUCACCCUCCCUCUCGUGCACAGCGCUCAUUCUCAAAAAAGAGCCCAGCGAAGAUCUGGAAGAGGAUGAGGAACACGAGGAGAUCGAGGAAGAGGAGGACAGCGGGUGCGAAAGCGAAGGUCAGAUCCUGACGCCACCGCCGAGUCCUGGGUCGGGUCAAGGUCAUUCCAACUCCAGUCACUCGUCGAGUGGGAGUUCGAUGCUCGACGUGCACAACCUCAACCUUCACGGCACGGGCGGCAGGAGCGCCAUCGUCAGGGUUACCACCAGCAGUGCGCAGGGUGUCGCAAGACUGAUCUCCGUCACGGCAAACGGCUUCCCUGCGGUCGCCGGCACGCAACACGCGCACGCGGGUGCGACCGCGGCCGCGACCACCGUGGCCAACAGGCACCACGCGAGGAGCAACGAGCACAGUCCGCCCGACACGAAGCGCAGGCUACACAAAUGCCAGUUCCCCGGCUGCAAGAAGGAGUAUACCAAGAGCUCGCACCUCAAGGCCCAUCAAAGGACGCACACGGGGGAGAAACCGUACAAGUGCAGCUGGGAGGGCUGCGAGUGGCGAUUCGCGCGCUCGGACGAAUUGACACGCCAUUACCGCAAGCACACCGGCGCGAAGCCGUUCAAGUGCCGGCACUGCGACCGAUGCUUCUCCCGCAGCGACCAUCUAGCUCUCCACAUGAAGAGACACCUGUAAUCAAUCGUCUCCGCGAACGGUCCCGGUCGCGCGUCACACUCCGCGGCCGGGACCGUCGGGACUUCUUCCUCGUGAAGAUCGCGGGGAUCUUCGACUUCUGCGCGGGGGAUUCACGCGAUCCAGUAUCUUCCGGGGUCACUAGUAGCAUGCCGCAAGUAGAGAAGAGGAUCGACCCUAUCGCGUAUUUACACUCGACGAACAACCAUCACGACCGCAGAGAGAGAUUUACAAAAGUCGCUCCUAUCAGGGCGAUAUACCCGACGAGAGACGUCGGAUUCCGUUCCGUUAGGCGCGAAUUCGUCCUCUCGAGUAGGAUCGCUGUCGCGAAGACCGAUGAUCAGCGAGACGUCGUUCGGAGACGAUUGCAGAUCGAGCUCGUGUCUAGAGACGAUGCACGGGGGCUAUUCUGACGUAACUAUGUAAAAAAGGAGGAGGAUGCUUGACGAGCAGUCGGUCUGUCGAUCGAAUGGAUGCUGAAUCGGAUGCGAGUCACGUGUAAAACGACAUUACGCAUCUUCAGAUUGCAAUCCAAACAUCAGCUUGAUCAGCGCGAAAAGGCAUGAAACGCGAGAAGGAAAGGAAAAAGGGAGGAAAAGAAAGAGAGGAGGAGAGCCAAAUAGGCGAUCGACAACACGCUCGUCUCUAAGGGCCAAAUGAAUGGCGCGAAACGAAUCUUCGACCCCGGUAGCUCGUGCGAAUUUAAGGAAACGGAAACGUCGACGGUUAGCAAUGAUCUAGCAAGAGACUGCAGCCAAUGUAAUAUAAGAGGUAAGACCUCUGGAGAAGAGGGAGUAGUUGAACAAGAAAAAGAAGAAGGGAAGAAGAAGAAGAAAAAUAAAAAGAAGAAGAGGAGGGGGAGGAGGAGGAGGGGGAGGAGGAGGAGGAGGAGGAGGAGGAGUCGCCCGAGCCACACACGCACGGGAAGAGUCUCACACGAGAGACGUCAAUCACUGCCAAUUCGUUACAUUCUAAGAUCAGCGCUACCGUCGAGGAUUUCAAGCCGCAACUUUGCGAACGGGGAAGUUCUCGAGGACGAGGGAGAAGCGAGAGGAAGUGAGAGACAGAGAGAGAGAGAGAGAGAGAGAGAGAGAGAGAGAGAGAGAGAGAGAGAGAGAGAAAAUCGAUCAGAAAGGAAGCCCAAGUUUUCGUCGAUCCUCAAAUCGUCGCCGAAGCGCGCAAACACGAGCGCCGCGGAUAUUCACUCGCGAUUAAAUUGCAACAUUCGACGAACGAUAUACGUUCUGCUGCAUCAUGUCACAUAAAACCGUCUGCCCUUCUGGACAAAACAAACGAAAUAAGAAGAAAAGAAAGAAAAAGGAAUAUAAGAGACAAGAAAUCCGAUCGAUUCGACAACGACGAUGACGACGAAAUACGGUAUCGUACGCGGGCAUCCGCGUGCGUCGUCGCGCAUGCGCGCGUGCACUAAAAACUAGAGAAAAAUGUAGAGAUUUCGCGAGGACAAUAAAUGCAGACUGUCGGUGCCAAACGUUAUUUUCUUUCUCUUACUUUUUCCCGGGAGCUCCGCGCGGCUAUCCGCGGUUACAUCGUCGUCGUCGUCGUUGUCCGUCGUGUCUCCACGACACGAUACAACAGUCCCAACAGCGGCGCCGUCGCACAACGGAGAGUCGAGGCGGAUACGAGGCGCGGUAAUUGAAUACGUGAUUUCGGCCAGUUUCGACGGCAGCGAGAUUUACCGGCAUGCCCGGGUGCUAAUCCCGAAUUUACAGUGCGAAUUACAAUUAUGCCGGGUCGCACGCCGACUCUCCCGCGCCGCGCCGUUACAAGUCCGCUCGCGAAGAAGCUUACUGCAGACACGGUCCGACCGUUUUCGCUUCGCCAUUUAGGGCUGAUUUCCGUUGAAUGCCGAUUUGCACUUGAGCUUUCAAAGUUCGUAGUCGAUAGAGAGAGAAAGAAA